UGUGACUCCAAGCCCGAGAGCACGCUAGGGGCCCCCAGCAAGUCUCCGUCUUCCCCGCAGGCCGCCUUCACCCAGCAGAGAACCAGGGGACAGUGGGCACGCGGUUUGGGAAACUUAGACUUCCUUUUCGGAAAAGCGAAUCCGCUUAUUAAGAUAGUUAUAGAUUAUUGCGAAACGAAGCUUUUGCGUGCAAUUUUCUCUGCAUCGGUUUAGGAAGUAAUCUUUAGCCGCGAGUGUAAAUGUUCAGCGGUUUCGGCUGCACCCGUAAUCCAAACAGUUCGAAGCGGACGAAGUUGGGCGUGAGACCUAGAAGGUUUGUUAAUGUGGACGUCGGAGGAUGAGCCGUUUGGACUGUGGGAACCUGUUGUACGAGAGACAGGUUUUUAGGUGUACGUUUUCUCUUACGUCUGUCUUUGCACCGCCGUGGUGAGACGAAACACAGGGCAUGGAAGGGAUCAAGGUGUUUCUCCACGAAAGAGAACUGUGGCUGAAAUUUCACGAAGUUGGCACAGAAAUGAUCAUAACCAAGGCUGGAAGGCGGAUGUUUCCCAGUUACAAGGUGAAGGUCACGGGCCUUAAUCCCAAAACGAAAUACAUCCUCCUCAUGGACAUCGUGCCCGCGGAUGACCACAGAUACAAGUUCGCAGACAAUAAAUGGUCUGUGACGGGCAAAGCGGAGCCCGCCAUGCCGGGCCGUCUGUACGUGCACCCGGACUCGCCGGCCACCGGCGCACACUGGAUGCGGCAGCUGGUGUCCUUCCAGAAACUCAAGCUCACCAACAACCACCUGGACCCAUUCGGGCAUAUUAUUCUCAAUUCCAUGCACAAAUACCAGCCCAGAUUACACAUCGUGAAAGCAGACGAAAAUAAUGGAUUUGGCUCCAAAAACACUGCGUUCUGCACCCACGUCUUCCCUGAGACCGCCUUUAUUGCAGUGACUUCCUACCAGAACCACAAGAUCACCCAGUUAAAGAUUGAGAACAAUCCCUUCGCCAAAGGCUUCCGGGGCAGUGACGACAUGGAGCUGCACAGAAUGUCAAGAAUGCAAAGUAAAGACUAUCCCGUGGUUCCCAGGAGCACAGUGAGGCAAAAAGUAGCCUCCAACCACAGUCCUUUCAGCAGCGAGCCUCGUGCUCUCUCCACCUCGUCCAACUUGGGGUCCCAGUACCAGUGCGAGAAUGGUGUGUCCGGCCCCUCCCAGGACCUCCUGCCCCCACCCAACCCGUACCCGCUGCCCCAGGAACAUGGCCAGAUUUAUCACUGCACCAAGAGGAAAGCAGAUGAAGAAUGUCCCGCCACAGAGCACCCAUAUAAGAAGCCCUACAUGGAGACGUCGCCCAGCGAAGAGGACCCUUUCUACCGCUCCGGCUACCCCCCGCAGCAGGCCCUGAGCGCCUCCUACAGGACAGAGUCGGCCCAGCGGCAGGCCUGCAUGUACGCCAGCUCCGUGCCGCCCAGCGAGCCGGUGCCCAGCCUGGAGGACAUCAGCUGUAACACGUGGCCCAACGUGCCUUCCUACAGCAGCUGCACGGUCAGCACGGUGCAGCCCCUGGACCGGCUCCCUUACCAGCACUUCUCUGCCCACUUCACCUCGGGGCCCCUGGUCCCCCGGCUGGCCGGCGUGGCCAACCACGGCUCCCCGCAGCUCGGGGAGGGCAUGUUCCAGCACCAGCCCUCCGUGGCCCACCAGCCUGUGGUCAGGCAGUGCGGGCCUCAGACUGGCCUCCAGUCCCCCGGCGGCCUCCAGCCGUCCGAGUUCUUAUAUCCUCACGGCGUGCCGCGGACCCUGUCCCCGCACCAGUACCACUCCGUGCACGGCGUGGGCAUGGUGCCCGAGUGGAGCGAGAACAGCUAAAGGGGGGCCCGCUCCGUCACACAGCCCUGCCGCAGAGGAAGGGGAGGGACGGCAGCAGAGCGGAGCCCCGAGGGUCACGCUUCUUCUCGAUGGUGU